GAUUGAUAGCCAGUGUGAAACUGCCGCCAUAAUGACAAGACUUAUUCUAUUCAUAGGCACUUGCCUUUUACUUAUUCAUUUUGGUUCAGCCUAUCAGCUUAUAUGCUACUUUACCAACUGGUCCCAGUACAGACCUGAUCCAGUGAAGUUUGUGCCUUCCAAUAUUGAUCCCUUCCUGUGCACACAUCUGAUCUACGCAUUCUCAGUCAUUAACUCUGCAAAUCAGCUCACAACCUACGAGUCGAACGAUAAGACUCUCUACCAGUCAUUCAAUAGCCUGAAACAAAGUAAUCCAAACUUGAAGACACUUUUGGCUGUUGGAGGAUGGGACUUUGGUUCAACUCAAUUCUCUACCAUGGUGUCCACCCAAGGAAACAGGCGUACCUUCAUCCAAUCCUCCAUCAGCUUUCUUAGAAAUUAUGGAUUUGAUGGCCUUGACCUGGACUGGGAGUAUCCUGGAGCCCGUGGCAGUCCUUCAAAAGACAAGGCAAGAUUCACUCUGCUCUGCAAGGAGCUUCGACAGGCCUAUGAGUCCGAGAGCAGUACGACAGGACGUCCCCGGCUUAUGGUCACAGCUGCAGUGGCUGCUGGAAAAUCAACUAUAGAUGGCGCAUAUGAAAUCCCUCUGAUUGCCCAGUACCUGGACUUCAUUAGCGUGAUGACCUAUGACUUUCAUGGGACUUGGGAUAGUGUCACUGGCCACAACAGUCCUCUGUAUCAGUCGUCUCAGGAAACAGGAAAUUCAAUCUACCUUAAUACUAAUUAUUCAAUGACAUACUGGAAGAAUCAGGGGGCUCCAGUGGAGAAACUGAGGAUGGGGUUUGCUACAUAUGGCAGAACCUUUCAGCUGUCAUCUGCAGCGAGUGGCCUGGGAGCGCCAACAAGUGGCCCUGCUUCUGCUGGCACCUACACCAGGGAGGCAGGCUUCUGGUCUUAUUAUGAGGUCUGCAGCUUCCUUCAAGGAACCAGCACACAGUGGAUCCAGGAUCAAAAAGUACCCUAUGCCACGAAAGGGGGUCAGUGGGUUGGCUUUGACAACAAGGAGAGCUUUAACACAAAGGUGACCUACCUAAAAGAUAAUAAUUUUGGAGGGGCCUUUGUGUGGGCUCUUGAUCUGGAUGAUUUUACUGGACAGUUCUGUGGACUAGGAAACUACCCUCUCAUCAAUGAGCUCAAGAAAUUGCUAAACAGUGGUACAUAACUGACUGUUAACUGUUACUCAUAAUAUGAAUCUCUCAGAAUUUAUAUCCUUAUCUGUUCCUCUUUAACCUUUUUUUUUACCUUCUUCAACCCUUAUUUUAUUAAAUCCAUGUUUGAUUUCUCUUUCUUUAAACAAAUAUUAAUGAAAUCAUUUUAAUGUAUUUAACACCAUUACUUUGUUGCAUUGAUCUUUUCUGAGAAGAUUUAAUUAUGAUUG